GGUGUGUUGUGUUUUGUUUUUUUUAGUGACGAGUGAUCUGUGAAGAUUAAAUGAAUGAUAUUUUAUCUCCCGAACUGUGUAUUUACUGUCAUAUAGAGACAGACAUUCUUGCCAUUAUAUGAAGUUGUCAAUAAAUAUGAAUAUGGUACUUAGGAUGUGAAUACAAAGAUGGAAGAUGCUGACGAUUCGAGGUGGGCUCUGGUGAUUCGAGAUGAUGGAGAGGCAAGCGUUGUCCCUCUGUCCAAGGUGUCAGUGCUUCACCAAGAAGUGCCAGGAGGGGAGGAGAAGAACCCCACAGUCAUUGUCUUGCAAACAGAAGGCCAGGAAGAAGAGACUCAUGAGACUCCUACUGGACUGAACAUCACUGAGGAAAUUGUAGGCAGUUUAAGAACAAGCACCACAUCAAGGAGCAAUGCAGAAGAUAUUACAGCUUUCAUCAGUCUCUCUUCGGGGCAAGUUGAGGAAUCCGGUGACCGUCUGCAAGGGGCUGUGAUCACCAUUGCAGAGACAGUGGAGCAGGAGUCAACUGAAGAAGUAAACACCAUAGAGAAUAUUGAGAUUGAUGUCUUGGCUGCUAGUGAUGAGAAUGCAGAUGUGCAGAAGUCCAUAUUAUCAGAAAAUGGGAAGGAUGAACCAAUCCAUGUUGUGAAAUCUCACUCAGAAGGAUCCAGACCUGUAGCCAAGAAGACAUCUUUAAGGAGCCAACCUUCAAGCAGUGCUAAGAAUGUUAUUGUUAGAUCUCUAUCUGAAAGGGCCAAAAAUGACAAGAGGAGAGGAGAAAAGGCAAAAGAGCUACCCUUUUUAGGAGAGGGAAAUGUGCCAGUAAAUACCACUGAGGCUGAAGACAAGGAAUAUAUGCAAGAAUGUGACAAACAGAAGAAAGAGGAUUAUAUGCUGAGUUUGACAGCAUGGACUAAAAGAUUGCCUGCUUUAGGAAAUGGUGUUUUGGAGCCUUUUAAGAAAGUGGAAGCCACUUUACACAAGGACCUAAGUGCAGAAUUAGGUAUUGAGACAGACAAAGGCAUUUUCUUCAGUCUCCACCAGCAAGGAGUAGCAAAGGGUGUGAGGGUGGUAGAGACCGGGCCUGAACAAAUUGUCGUGUCUGGAUCUCUGGUUGAGCUCUUGGCAUCUAGAGAUAUGAUUUUAUCAGAAAUAGAUAAGAUCAAAGGCACCUGUUCCUUUUCUACUUCAGUACCUUCGAACACAAGUAAAACAUGUGAGGUUGGUGUUAUGUGUGAAUUGAUACCCUCACCCCCUUCAGCUCGUUAUGCCUCUUCUGUGGGUUUAGAUAGAUCUGCACGACGUUAUCAUUCCGUCCUUUCCCGCCCAAUAUCUCCAGAGCCCCGCCCACAGCGUAAACGAUCUCGUAGACAGUUAUCUUUAGAAUCAAAAUUGAAAAACACAGAGAAGCAGGAAGAUGUCUCUCGGAGAAGGCCAGAUAGAAGCCAAAGCCGGCGGUCAGAGAGUCAAACACUAAGAACUUUGAAAAUAAAACUUGAAAAAGAUCAUGAGGAAAAACAAACAGAGGAACACUACCUUGUGCCUAAAGAAAGUAAUCACAAUGUUGAAAUUCUUCUUGGAGACUUAAAGAUGGAACCAGAGUGUGAUGAAACAAUAAUUGUGAGUAGUAUAAGUAAUUCUGAACUUGGAGAGGAGUCUCAUGAAGCUGAAGAAAGCAUCAGUAAACCCAGUUCACUUAUAAUGCAUAAAGAUUGUGAUGGUUAUGCUCUGCCUUUAGUUAAUAAGGACAUCAGUGUGAAAAAUGUUGAGGGAAGAGGACAAGAGUUGAGGAGACGUUUAGAAGUGGAGUCAAGCAACAAGGAAAACAUCAAAAUGGACAAUUCUCAGUUCCUGUACAAGCCUAAAGAACAGGUGGAUGAUGAAGAGGAUUUAGAUAUGGAAGUAGAAGACCACAAAAUCAUUUGUGAACCAGAAAUCAAUAUGUCUGAAGACCAGGAUGAGGACCUAACCAAAGGCCAUUCAGCAGAGGAGGUUAAGUUCAAGUUCUCGUGCCAGAUCUGUUCAUAUAAGAGCAUGAGAGAGAACCACUUUGUUAAGCACAUGAAACUUCAUGACAAGGGUAUUGCAUUGUAUAGAUGUAAUGAAUGCUCUUUUGUGUCCAUUCGGGCAAGUCAUCUCCGUCGGCACAAGAUGUCUCAUGCACAGCAAGUCCUCAAUUGCCACCUUUGCAGUUACACUUGUGAUGAACAAAAAUUGUUAGCCAAGCAUGUCCGAGUAAAGCACCAGACUCCCAAACCAAAACAGAUUACCAGUGAUGUUGAGCCACAAGCAUUAUUUGAAUGUCAGGAGUGUGAGUAUAAGACAAGCUGGCAUUAUGCAUACCAGAGGCACCGACGCACACACUCUGCUUCCAAGGUGGUCCGGAUUCAUACCUGUCCACAAUGCCCUUACAAGACUAUGCGUCGAGAACACUUCUUGAGGCAUAUAAAAAAUGUCCAUCAGAAUCACAGGCCAUUUCUUUGUGACAUAUGUGGGAAGGCCUUCAAGAGACAAGAUGCUCUCAAGCAGCAUCAUGUCACUCAUUACCAGAGUAUGGGUGGUGGGAGCAGUGGGCAAAUAGGACCCUAUGGUUUCGUCUGUCAUAUCUGUCAGAAAGUUUGCAGAUCCGCAGCUUAUCUCAAGGAACACAUGGCUACUCACUCUGAAGAGAGGUCUUUCCUAUGUGAGGUGUGUGGGGCCUCCUUUAAGACACGAUCUGUCCAACGCAAUCACGUCCAGACCAUACAUCGUAGACCUCGGUCAUUCACCUGCCCAUCUUGUGAGAAGAAAUUUAAUACCAAGUAUGCCUUACGUCGUCACAUGAAACAGCAUGACACAAGCCUGGAGGAUGCGGAAGUUUUGACCAGUGUGAAUAGUGAGUUGAGACUUUGUGACCUACAGCCAAGAGGCUCAUACGCCAGUGCUAGAGAGAGGACCCACGCGGCGCCCGCCUCCCUCCUGCCCUCCCCCGCCAAUCCCCCACAUGCAGCGUCCCCCUCCAGGACCCUGCUCCCUCCGCCAGCCGCCCCUCCGUCUGCGUCCGCCUACCACAUCACCAUCGACGGGCAGCCGGCCUUUAUCGUGCCCCACUUGGACGGACAGCACGCAGCCGUGGCCGAGGGAGGCUCCGCGCUCAUGGAAGAGAACAACGGUGUGAUCGUGGGCGGAGACAGCCCUGGUGGCUCGGGCCUUCGACGGCUGGCGGGCCAGGGCACAGCUGGCACGGCUAUUUCUGUCCCCGUCGUGCCAACUACAGUCCACAUUGUCAAUCAGGACCCCCUGUCCUCGGCGUCCGGAGACCUGAUCCUCUCGUCCGAGCAGUACCAAGCAAACCAGGCAGCCUCAGUUGUCACCUCGGAGCCUCCUACGUAUGUGGCGCCGGAUCACCCAGGCUCGAGCCUUCUCUACUUGACAGGGAAUUUCAGUUAGAUCUAAACCAGUGGGAGUGCUGGUGUUCUCAUGUGUAAAUUUUGUUCAAUAACAUUAAACCGGUUUGAGUUCGGAUCUUGAUCUCAAUAUAUUUUCUUCACAAUUUUCUGCUGAAAUUGAUGCCAAUUUAAAUGCAACUGUGUGUGUAUCAGCAAUAUCACAUUUCGAGGAAGUUGACACCCCUCGUCUCUACCAACCUGCCAGUCAAAUUAAGAUACAUUAAAGAAAAUUAAUACAGGAAA